AUGAGCUACUGCAACUCCACCAAUUUCCUGGCCACCGCCGACUUUUACACGAACUUUCUCCAUUAUUUCGGGUUCUUCACAAUCCCGAUGCAUCUCUUCGGCGCCUACUGCAUUCUGUUCGUGACUCCGGCGAACAUGCGGUCCGUCAAGUGGAGUCUCUUCAAUUUUCACUUUUGGAGUUGUUUUCUCGAUUCGAUAUUCAGCUUACUCACAACUCCGUUCAUUUUGAUACCCGCUUUUGCCGGAUAUCCGUUGGGAGUCUUCAAAACGAUCGGAAUCGAUCCGGGCGCUCAAGCGUACUUUGCGGCCGCUGUCAUUGCCAGUGAGUUUCGGGCCAUACAAUAAAUUGUUGUAAACGGUAUGCACUUUUCCGCAGACUUGCAACGGGCCGGGCCGGGAGGAUGCACCUAAAAAUUAAAAAAUAGAAAUUGCUGUUUAAAGUCGCAAAAUUUUCACAAAAAUUACGAAAAUUUUCUCAAGAGUGGGCGGAGCGAUUGAUUGCAACUCUGGCACGCCAUUUUAGCAAUUUUGCCGCACGCGUUUUCCUCUUCCUUCAUAUUUUUUUGCAUAUUUUUUUUGAGGUCUAACUUCCGGCCCGAGCGGGCCGGGCCGGGCCGGGCCGGCCCGGGAUUUGGCAAGUCUGCUUUUCCGCUCUCGACGAGAAUAUUGAUUUUGAAUUAAAUAACGGUACAUGCUUAGACUAAAUCGUAACGGUUAGCGUUGAAAGAUCACUUGAUCGCUAACAAAUUGGAUAACGGCAUCAAUAUACCCUUUUACUCGGUCUCUCGGUUUCUCGGCCUCUAUCCAAAUCUCAUUUAGUUGCUCGUUAGUCAGGUGCAGGAAAAUCGAAUAAAGCAACAAAUCACAACGUUCUGAGGCCUUAGCUGGUUGGGAAUUAUUCGAUUGGAACAUAAAUUGAUCAGAUUAUUUAUGACAAAUCAGAAUACUACAAACUUCUUCGUCAAGUUAGAAAACUUAAGCCGAGAACCGGGACCUUAGCGCCAAAGAAUGAAGUAAACUGAUUGAUCCAGCUUUCAGCCUCAAAAUCCUUUCAGUAGUGGCGGUGGCGAUGUUCGGUGUGUUCGAGAGUCGUCUCCUCGUGCUCUUCUACUUUGAGCACUGGUGGCGUCGUGCCCGAAUCCCCUAUCUGAUCUUCAAUUACCUCCUCGCACUCACCUUCUUCCUGCCCACCUACCUUCGGAUUCCGGACCAGGAGAAGACGAGACGGCUGUUUCUGACGGUAGUUCCGUGCGUUCCGGUCUACGUCGACGCGAGCGCCGUGUUCUUCCUCGCCGAUCACAUCAAAACACUGCUCUUCUCGUGCGUCUUUGCCGGACUUUUGUUUAUCGAACAAAUUCUGGUCAGCGCAUUCUACACGAAACACGUGCUCAACAAACGGUACGGCACUAAUCUGUCAGUGAGAACUGUCGAGUUGCAGAAGAAGUUUCAAACGGCGCUGAACUUGCAGGUACCCCGUCCAAACUUUUUUUGAAUUUCCAAUGAGAAUUGCUCCACGCUUUCAGAUGCUCAUCCCCAUAAUCAUCAUGCUGUUCCCCCUUCUAUACCUGGGCGGUGCCACGUGUUUCAUCUAUCACAAUCAGGUGUUCAACAAUUUUUGUCUUAUAGUAUUAUCGUCGCACGGUUUCUUCUCGACAAUUGUCAUGAUUAUCAUACACUCUCCCUACCGAGAAUUCACAUUUUCACUGCUGCGAAUCGAUGUUUGGGUCCGACCGGAAAGUUUGCAGUUCGCACAGGAUGUACAGACCGACGCGGUCUCAUAA